UGCUUUAUAAUGAGUGGCAAAGUAAAAAUUCGACAGCUCUAGUGGCAUAAAAAGUUAUCCUCAUCCUCACUAUUGUAUAAUGCCCACAUAGCUCGACUAUAAAUUCAUGUCCACCCCUUUUCCCUUCUCCUUCAAGUUCACUCCCUUCCUUCCCUUCCUCCUCUUUAAUCUCUCUCCCUCAGCUCAUUUGUCUCAAAUUCUACCCAAACCAAAACAUGGGUUUUGUCGUUUGAUCUCAUAAACCUCCAAAAGUCUUCCAUUUCAAACCAAACAAAGUUCCCCCUGUUUCUUGUUCAUUUCCCCUGUUUUUUCCCCUACACAUUUCUUUUGUGAAAAAUGUCCUGCUCAAAUUAUUGUCAGGGCCUCCAAUCAUGCCUGGAGCCAGCCCGCCUGCAGGUCGAACCGCGUGUUUUAAGGCUUACAUUGGCUCCACCAAAAUCCAACAUUUCCCGUUGUUCACCCCCAGAAGUCAAAUCUUUUGUCCCUCACUCGGAUGGUGACUCCAAAAGCACCAACGAUAAUGUUGACAUGGGUGGCUGGAGUUUCCUCCAAUCUCUAGACAUUAAUACCGCUCCAAGCACCAGAGAAACCACUGAGGAAGACAAAAUUUAUAUCCCCCCGAACUUUAAACGCUCUUCUUCGAUGCUCAGCGAAAAGAGCCUGCAAAUGUGCACUGAAAACUUAGGAAGUGAAACUGGCAACGAUGGCGGCGAAAGCAGCGACGAGAUGGCUUUACUUUCUUUAUCAAAUAUCAAUCACGAGAGCCCACGAGAGAAAUCAAAAUUUCGAGGAUCAAGAAGAAUUAUGAGUCGAAGCGCUAGCUUUCCACCUCCUUUGACAUCGAUUAGAGGCUCCACUAGUGUUCAAGUGAGGUCUCACAGAGAAGGCGGGCGUCUAGUUUUGAAAGCAGUAAGCGUGUCUUCUUGCCAGGCUUAUUUUCAUGCAGAGCGUAUCGAUGGCCAGCUGAAGCUUCAUCUAGUGAAGGACUGCUUCCCUACCCAUGACGACACUGAAGAAGAAGAAGAUAAAGUAGCAGCAGUAGAAGAAGAAUCUGUUGAUGAGGCAAGUGAAGGUGAAGAAGAUGCAGAAGUAGACAAUUGGAAAGCGGAGUUGUCGGAGGAAAAUAGUGGAAAUGGUGGGGGUGAAAUGGAGAUGGAGAAAUUGCCUACGCCAAGCAGGUGCAAGGAAGGUGGGAGAGGAAGCAAAAGCUUGCUUAAUAAUUGGAGAACAUUUUGGGUGGCUACUUAAAUAUCUUUCUUCCUCUCUUCUAAGUUCACUAUUAUUGUAUUUAGUUAUCUCUAUCUCAUUUUCUCCAGUGAUUAUAUUUUUGGAUUUCAGAAAAAAAAUAUGCUAAUGGUAGUUAUUAUCGUUACUCCA